AUGGCUCGUGGUGCCCAAAAGGAACAAGCAAGACAAAAAGCCCAGAAGGAGGCUGCCAAGAAGGGCAAGGCCAAGUCGCAACUUGGAGCCCGUGCUGCUGGUCUUCAGGUCAAGUGUCCCAAAUGCUUUGUGACCAUGCCCACUUACAAGACCUUGGUGAAUCAUAUGGAGGCCAAACAUCCAAAGGAUCCUGUUCCACCCGAGAGUGAUUUUACUUCAUGA